AUGAGAUUUAUUACUUUCCUCACUGGCGUUGGUGUUGCGCUUGCAGCUUCCAUCACUACAGGUCUAUCUGACUCCAGCGACAUGUUGUCUGUCAUGGGUCAAGGUGCUCUUGAGGAACAACACUUCUCUGUCUUUAGCAACUGCGUGCAAGCUCUCAGCUCAUCAUACAGAGCGUACGUGGAUGAAGGUGUUUUGGUUGUAAUACCAUUUACUAAGCGUACAAUUGACCUGGACACCGUGGACGCAGAGAUGUGGAAAUGCAUUGAUUCGUCAGCUGACACCGUUUCUCUUGCGAUUGAGUCAAGCGAAUUCGAUGACCCAGCUCAGGAAGAGAGCGCCCAUAUCUCGGGCAUUCGCUACGCAGAUGCUGUCCAAAUGGGUCUUCGGGGCCAGAAAGUCAUCGAUCGUGUUCCUAAUUCCUCGGCAUCGAAUGGAAUCCAGAAAAGAGAUCCCGGUUACUACUACGCUUAUCUUUCUGAUGAGCGAACCUGCCAUGGUGAUUUUAAUCAUUACUAUUCAAGAAGAUGCUACACUUGGGCCAGUGCAUAUGCAUCCACCUCGGCAGGGAACGUGGAUAAGAAGAAGUGUCUCAAAUACACCAUUUGGCCGCAUCACAACUGCGAAAAAGGAAACCAGCGAACCAUUUCUAUCCGUCCACAGACUCAAUGCACUUGUCAGGUCAAGCCUACUUACUCAAUCUAUGGUGUCUAUUGUUAG